AUGAACGCAACGACGGAAGAAGUGUCCGUACACGAUCCGGAUUUUGAGCAGAAAUGUGAGCACUGCGAGUUCCAGCUCUGCUUCAAAUGCGCUCCAUUCCAGACACUUACACGUUGCACGUGGAGCUCUCGUUGCAGCUCUUUAUGGGUCUCACGUGUGCGUUCAUUUUGACGAUGGUCGGAAUCAUGAUGGCGUUCCGUUGGUACUACCGUCAGAUGCUCGAGAUUCGGCUCAAAGAGCUUCAGAGUACCUACGAGCCGGGGCGCAUCUUUUGUGAGUUCACUGUGGAGUUCGUGAACGUGAAUCGCUUCCAAUCAUUUCAGUGAUCGAGAAUGCGGGCAACGAGGUGGUGCAGGUUCGUCCGGGACCGUUGUCGCCGCCGCUCUCCGAUCAGACCGAGUACAACGUGGUGGCCGGGUAUCUGCGCGACGAUCGGAAGGGACAACUCUUCUGA